CGUCAUAAGGUUGCGCCUCGUUUUUGCAUCUGUUCAGUUGAGGAAAGGUUUGUGUUUUGAAACAUUUCAAGUAUUUAAAUGGAUACAAACCGUUCAAUCAAUUGUAUAGUCUUUGCAAGCGAUGCAAAUUGAGUGUAACAUCAUUUAACAUGAUUUCUAUCAGUAAAUCGCAUCCACAUGAGUAUCAGAAAAGAUUGUCCAAACACAGAGAAAAACUCCUGGUGAAGCAACUGAGAUCCACGUGACACUAUUAUAAAGAUGGCAUUUAUUAAAGAGGAGAGUGAAGACAUGAGGAUUGAAGAAACAUUCAGUGUGAAACAAGAAGAGACUGAGGAACACACAAAGAUGGCGUUUAUUAAAGAGGAGAGUGAAAAUGUGAAGAUUGAAGAAACAUUCAGUGUGAAACAAGAAGAUACUGAGGAACAAACAGAUUGCAAGGAUUUCAGAUUACCUCAGGAGGACUCAAAUGAACUGAUGGUGUUGAAAGAGGAGAGUGAAGUACUGAAUGAAAUGGAAGAGAAAGAACAUGACUUCAUACCUGGAGAAAAGACUUCCUCUCAAAAAAGAGCUCAAAAGUCGGAAACCCAUCCCCCAAGUGGGAAUCACUUGGGAGCUCACUCAAGAGAGAACUGUUUUAUUUGUCAUCAGUGUGGAAUGAUUUUCACUGACAUGAGACUCUUUAACAGGCAUAUAAUAAUUCACUCUGGAGAGAAGCCUUUCAAAUGCAAGCAGUGUGAAAAGAGUUUCCGAUUCAAUAAAUACCUUAAGAUUCAUAUGAGAAUGCACACUGUAGAGAAGCCUUUCACAUGCUCUCAGUGUGAAAAGGGUUUCUGUCAUAAAGUAAGUCUCAAGAAUCAUAUGAGACUUCACACUGGAGAGAAGCCUUUCACGUGCCCUCAAUGUGGAAAGAAUUUCACAUAUAGACCAACGCUUAAUGCCCACAUGAAAAGUCACACUGGAGAGAGCCCUUACACCUGCAAACUGUGUGGGAAGAGCUUCUCACAAAAAGGAAAUCUUAAGUAUCACAUGAGAAUUCACACUGGAGAGAAGCCUUUCACUUGCCAUCACUGUGGAAAGAGUUUCAGACAUAAAGUAAGCAUCAAGUCUCACAUGAGAAUUCAUACCGGAGAGAAGCCUUUCAAAUGCACCCAGUGCGAAAUGAGUUUUACAUAUAAAGAAUCCCUUGAUGUCCACUUGAUAAGUCACACUGGAGAGAGUCCUUACCCUUGCAAACUGUGUGGGAAGAGCUUCUCACAAAAAGGAAAUCUCAAGUAUCACAUGAGAAUUCACACUGGAGAGAAGCCUUUCACAUGUGAUCAGUGUGGAAAGAGUUUUAGACAUAAAGUGACCCUUAAUAAGCACAUAAAGAUUCACUCAAGAGAGAACUCUUUUAAAUGUAAUCAGUGUGGAAGUAGUUUCACAGAUAGAAAUCACCUUAAGAAGCAUAUAAUAACUCACAUCGGAGAGAAGCCUUUUAUGUGCCAUCAAUGUGGAAAGAGUUUCACACUUAAAGGAAACCUCAAGACACACAUGAGAAUUCACACUGGAGAGAAGCCUUUCACCUGCCCUCAGUGUGGAAAGAGUUUCAGAUUUAAAGGAAAUCUUGACACUCACAUGAGACUUCACACUGAAGAGAGGCGUUUCACAUGUCUUCAGUGUAAAAAGAGUUUCAAAUAUCAAAGAGACCUGACACAUCAUUUGCAAACUCAUUCUGAAAAGAAACUGCAGUGUGGCAAGGGGUCUAGAAAAAGUAGCAUUUUCAAAAAUCACACAAGCAUUCACUCUGAAAAAAGACGAUUUAAUUGUGAUAAAUGUAACAAAAAAUUUAUUUUGCCAUCACACUUAGAGAUACACCUGAAAAGUCAUGCAGGUGUCAGACCCUAUUUGUGUUCUUUGUGUGGAAAGAGAUUUAAAUGGCUCAGAAGUUUAAAAUGGCACCAGAAAAUACGUAUCUGUGUGAAAUCUAGGCUACUUUCACACCACAGCUGAAUGUGGCCCAGAUCUGAUUUUCUGCUCAAAUUUAACAUGCACGUUUUACAUGUAAAUGAAUAUGUAAAUUGAAUUGCAAAAUUUAGGAAACAUAAAUAACUUUUAGAGUCUGAAUAUGUAUUGAUUUAAUUUAGAUAGGUGUAGAUACAUGCACAUAAUAUCAUCUAAUACAAUUGAAAAAUGAUAAAUAAAAAAACAAAAUGAAUGAAA